AUAAACUCAAACGGAUUCCUAGUGCCAACCCUACAGGCUUGUGGCUGGGAAGGAAAGAACCUCUGUAGAGAGCCCUGAGCUUCUUCCUCUUAGAGGCCUUGGUCCUGCCCCAGAGCUCUGACUCCGGCGAGGGGUCGGUGGGUGAGCACCUGCAGACAAUCAGCCCAGAGAACUCCAUAUUCUACUGGGAGAGAAAACAAGUACCACCCUGCCUCAGUUAACCGUUCGCAUCCGGGAUCUGGGUCUCAGCGCGGGACUCAGGUGCCCGCUGCACCCCUGCCUGGGCGUUGCCCAGGAACAGCGCCGCCGCAGUGCAGCUCGCACCCGGGCACCCGCGGGACGCGCUCCCGGCUCCCACCCGGCUCCAGGCUCGGGGCCGCGGGAUCCAGCAGCGCCCGCCCGCAGCACCUAGGCUGCUGCUAUGGGGAAUCUACCAUCUGCUGCGAAGCACUGCCUCAACUACCAGCAGCUUCUCCGAGAGCAUCUCUGGAGCGGAGACUCAGUGGCAGGGGCGCUGGAUGCGGCGCAGGAAGCAUCCCAGUUAUCUGGACUCCCUGAAUAUGUGAAAAUAGUAGAAGUUGGACCUAGGGAUGGAUUGCAGAAUGAAAAGGUUAUAGUUCCUACAGAUAUAAAAAUUGAAUUCAUCAAUCAACUUUCCCAAACUGGCUUGUCUGUAAUAGAAGUAACAAGCUUUGUGUCUUCAAGAUGGGUACCACAGAUGGCUGACCAUGCUGAAGUGAUGCGAGGUAUUCAUCGGUAUCCAGGAGUUCGCUAUCCUGUCCUUAUACCUAAUCUUCAGGGUUUGCAGCAUGCUGUUGCUGCUGGAGCCACGGAGAUAGCAGUUUUUGGUGCUGCUUCAGAAUCUUUCAGCAAGAAAAACAUUAACUGCUCCAUUGAAGAAAGUAUGGGAAGGUUUGAGGAGGUUGUCAGCACUGCAAGACACAUGGCCAUCCCAGUGCGAGGGUAUGUGUCCUGUGCCCUGGGCUGUCCAUAUGAAGGAAGCAUCACACCCCAAAAAGUCACAGAAGUUUCAAAGAGAUUGUAUGGUAUGGGCUGCUAUGAGAUCUCUUUGGGAGACACAAUUGGAGUUGGUACUCCAGGCAGCAUGAAGAUGAUGUUGGAAAGUGUCAUGAAAGAAAUCCCUCCAGGGGCUCUUGCUGUUCAUUGCCAUGACACGUAUGGACAAGCCCUCGCAAAUAUUCUAACAGCUCUUCAGAUGGGAAUUAAUGUGGUGGACUCUGCUGUAUCUGGAUUAGGUGGUUGCCCCUAUGCAAAAGGUGCUUCUGGGAACGUAGCCACCGAGGAUUUGAUAUAUAUGCUCAAUGGCAUGGGGCUCAAUACAGGUGUGAAUCUCCACAAGGUGAUGGAAGCUGGUGAGUUUAUUUGCAAGGCAGUGAAUAAAACCACAAACUCUAAAGUCGCACAAGCCUCCUUCAAAGCUCAACAUGAAUGAGUUUAUGAUUUAAGAGACAGCAGAGCCAUUCCAGCCCCGGUUCAUCCCAGUGUCAUUAGUGCCAACUCAUUCUGAAGUGGAAGUUAAUAAAAAGAGCUGGGAAAGGAGAUAUGCUAUGAAAAUAUUAUCACUGGGUAGACCAUGAAGUCGAUGGAGGGCAAGAGGAGGCAUCUGCUCAACUUGCAAGCUGGGAAUUAACACCAGUGCAAGCCCUUCUGGAGGUGGACAAAGCCUGCUCGUUUGCUCUUACAGAAAUCAUUAUAUUUUUUUUAGCUUAGUAGAACUGAAAAUUGACUUCAGAUUUCUCUAAGUAUCAAGUGCUGUGUUAAUGCCUCCGCAAGCCACCUUACCGCAGGGUACACAUUGUUAGUGGUUUAUGAGCCUCGACACAAUGCAGAGUGUGUGGCCCUGAAGUCGUGUUUUUCCCCCUCUGGAUCCCGACUCUCCAUUUGCCAAGUUUGUUAAGUUAUGGAUCAAGAGCCAAAGUUUCAUCUGACCCAACAUAUUUUUUAGCAAUAGAACCUUUAUAUUUCGAGUACGGCUAACAUCUGUUAACUAUUUCGAUGACUUUAUAGUGCUCCAAGACGCUGUGGUCAAUGGCAAGACGCCACAUCCUGGAAGCACACCAUACCUCCCAUGUUUGUUCCGAGCAUCCAGUUUGCUGUGUUUUACAUUUAAUCAAUUUUAGAAAAAAAAAUCCACAAUGUUAUUUAAAUAUGGAGAAACUAUAUGGUAUGGUUUUUAAUUCUGGUGUCUAAGGGACAGUAAUGAUAGUAGCUGAUAUAGACACCCUGGUCUAUUUCUGUAACAUAUCUAGUUUACUUUUAAAUGGCCCAAGGAAAUACUAUUGUGAUUGUAAGAAUGUUAAUAUAAUUUUUAACUGAUGAAAAGUCUGUUUUCAUUGACUUACUGUAUUCUGUAUCUGUUUGUUUUUAUUUGACUUUAGAAUAUUUAUUUUAAAGUUGAAUGACAGAAAUAUUAUCUAUAGUGCCAGAAAGCAGUGCCAGAAAGCAUUGCCAGGGAUAAUGAAAAUUAAUACAUUAAAGAUCAAGGCCUGGGGAUAUGGCUCACUGGUUAAGAGCAUUGGCUGUCCUUCUAGAGGACAACAAUUUGAUUCCAAGCACCCAGAUGGUGAUUCACUAGCACUUAUACCUCCAGUUUCAGGGAAUCUAAUGGCUUCUAGCCUCUUCAUGACUACUCAGGCAAGCAGGAUACAGGCAUCUAUGCAGGUAAAAUACCUAUUGACAUAAAAUAGCAUAGACAUCCUAGAAAAUAGUAAAAAUUCUGAAGUGAAAAUAUUCCAGAAAAUAAGGAUAUUGAUUUAGAAGUAAAAUGUCACUAAAGGUAUAUAGUAGGGAAAACUGGAAUGGAAACAUAUGGGUGGACAAAGAAAGCUGAAUUUCCAUGGAAGAUUCCAACUUGUCAGCUUGUAACAUGUUUCUUCAGUAGGUUCUGUUACAGCAUGCUUUUCUUCUAGAGUGCUGAAAGCAGUUCUGCGCUUGGGAGGGCUCAGGCUGAAAUAGGGAUGACACAGAGGCAACAAAGUGGCAUCUGACUGUGGAUCUGCCAUAGCUCUAUCUCCCUGCUUAUCUCUCUGGCAGACUAGGGCACUGACAGGCAGGAGCCUCAAAUGUGCUUCUUCCUUCAUUUUCUGAGGAAAUUUAUUUUUUCCGCUCUCAGAGUCAUGGGGUGCUCAGUUUUGAGAUAUUUGUGAGAACAUCUGUAUAUGCAGAUUACUUGUAAAAAACAGUGACCAGCAUUUUUGUUUUGAAACGAAGGUCAAAGUUCUUUCAAAGACAGAGCAAAUAGAAGCAUCAGAUAUAAAUAGUGUUAUACAGUUACAUGGUGCCUACCUCAGUGUACCAGUUGAUUUUCACGACCACCUUGAUAGUAUCUAAUUGUACUUGACAUAAACUAGCUUAUGUCUUUCUUCUUCUUCUUCUUCUUCUUCUUCUUCUUCUUCUUCUUCUUCUUCUUCUUCUUCUUCUUCUUCUUCUUCUUCUUCUUCUUCUCCUUCUCCUCCUCCUCCUCCUCCUCCUC